AUGGUGGCGCCGGCUUCCAAACGGAAUCGCACGCUGAUAAUUUCAUCGGCUUUGAUCGCACUGCUCCUCCUCGCGACGUAUGCGACGGUCAAUAUCAUCCCCAUCCCCGAUCGGAGCAGUCUCGACGACUUCACUUUCACGGCGCAGGAAACGGGCGGAUCGGCGGGUGGGAUGACUGUGGGGGCUGCCACUUCCAACUCGACUAGCCGCUCCAGCAUGAACUCCGUCAACAUCGACAUGGGGUGUCCAGAGUUCCAAGCGGCGUUCGACAGCGCUACACCAGGCAGCAGCACGCCAUUCCGGUCCUUCACGCUCAUCAAAGGCUCGGGUUACGCCUACGUGGCCGUGCACCUGAGCAAACUGUGGCUUCCUCCUGGUACCUCUAUGGUGCUUCGCGCAGUGGAGGGCUUCGACGCCCCCGACCGACUGCUCAAUCUCUCCAACACUUUUCCUAGUGGUCGGGUCUUCAGCAACAUCCUCGCGCCCCCAGUCCUUGCGAAGGAGUUCACGAUCGAGUUUUACCGGGAUGAAGGCAGCCCCAACAUUUCUGAGACUGACGGCGAUUUCAUCGCUGAGACCUUCAGUGUGACGGACACCGACACCAAGUGCUUCGGCUUCGUGGUGGACUCGUACUACUACGAGGUCAUUUGCUACUACGCCGACCCGGCAACUCGUACGGCUUACUUGGCCUCUCGAUCGGUGGCGAGGCUGCUCAUACCCAAGGGCCCCGGAGCUUUGGCGGGUUGCACGGGCUGGCUGCUGGGCAACCAGGGCCACAUCAUGACCAACUACCACUGCGUGGCCACGGACGCGGAAGCGAGCGUCACCACUGUGGAGUUCAUGGCGGAGGCGGAAGUAUGCAGCGACAGCAUUUCGUGCACCUCGUGGGGGGCUUGCCCAGGUGUCCCCGUCGCGUUAAGUGUGGAGCUCGUUCACGCCGACGAAGCGCUCGACUACGCGCUGCUCAAGUUGCCGUCGGACGGGGCGGAGAUCGCCCAAACGUACGGCUACCUGCGGCUAAAAUCUCGAGCUGGGGUGGUCGGGGAGCAGCUCUACAUCCCGCAGCACCCGUUGUAUGAAGGCAAACGCAUCGCACUGGUAGACGACUUCACGAAUCACGUGGCAUUGCUCAGCCUCAGCUCCAGCUCGUGCGGAGGCGUGGGCUAUUCCUACAGCGGUGACACGCAGAGUGGAUCUUCGGGAUCGCCGGUGCUUUCGUUCUCGGACCACGGCGUUGUGGCACUGCACCACUGCGGCGAAAUGUGUGGGAACACCUGCAUCCCUGCUGUCAGCAUCGUCGCUGAUCUGAAGGCGAAUGGGAUCGAUAUCGCCGCGUUCGACGGGGUGGACGAUGGAUCAAACCCCGUCGCCAAUGCCCAGCGAUUCCCAGAGUACACACCUCCAGCACCGGAGGAGGAGCUGCCACUCAAACCGCGUUUGUCGUUGGAUGGGGCCAUUAUCCUCGCAUCUGGGUCGGUUACUAUUGAUACCGUGGAGUUCACUCUGACGAGCGACACCAACGUGGCCAUCGACGUGCUAUCUGUUGAGAUUGCAGACAACGACACGUACUACGACCUCAAUGGCGACUGCCACGCCGGGUACCUGGAUUCGAUGCUUUUCCUCUUCUCCAGCGACGACUCGACGCCGCUCUUCACCGUGGACGACUCCGACGUGGAUGAAGGUACCGACGACGGCUCCGUCAGCUAUCGAGACCCGUACAAGCUUACGUACUUGAAGAAGGGGUCGUACACGCUGGUCAUAGCUCCGACUGGAUCGAGUGAGGAGGACGCGCGCGCUGGGAAAACCAAAGCAGACUACCCGCCCGAGUUACUGGAGAUUUCGAGCGCGAUUGGGGACAACCCGUUUCGGUUUACGAAGCUACCGGCCGCCGUAGCUAUUGACAGGUCGUUGUGUCGCAAGUCGGUCGAUGCGAUCUGUUCCAGCUUGGGGCAUCGGAAAGGUUAG